UAAGAAUAUAUAUUUUAUAUGUGGGAAAUCAAAAUAAAGAGAGAAAACAGUUUACCUGAACCUGUGGGCUAUAAAAAAGCAUUUGAUGAUUGUCAGGGAUAAGAGUUGAGGGAUGAUUUAGAGAAGGUAAAGUCAUUUAGUAAGCAAUUAGAAAGCCAUGGGUAUUGCUAAGGGAGGAUUUGGAAACAUUUUUAUGAUUAUGUUCACUUUGUAUAUGACAGGAAAUAUGAUGAACAUAUUUACAAUUGUCAUCAUUGGGUAAUUUUUAUGGUAAGCCAUUUCCACAAUUGCGAAAAUGGAUCAAGCAUUUUCAUUAUUGGAGAACAGAGGAAUAUCAUUGUUUUUAUAUAAGUUGAUUUAUUUAUCUGCAGGAUUAUUGUAGUUGGGAGUAGUGCUGUAUAAAUUAUACAAUAUUGGGUUGCUUCCAUUGAACAGUGCCGAUUGGAUUGAUUUGGUUCCCUUACAUCAUGUAAGAUUAUGCGAUUUAUUAUUUAGUAAGAGGAGAUUGUUGUACCAUAUAGCUAUAAUUGAUUUAUGUUAAUAC